CUGACUUAGUCAAGCAUGCGCACUCUACAAACAAAUUAAACAUCAAGCAAAAAACAAUAAGAAUAAGAAAAAACAGAGAAAAAACAAAAGUAACUGUUUAACCGGAAAGUCGACAACAAACGAAAUAAAGUAAACAAAUAAUAAAGUUUAGUUGAUAAACAAAAGCAGCCAGAGGCACAAGACAAGGUCGUGCUUGCAACAAAACAAAACCAUUACAUCUUGUUUGUGGAGAAUUAAAAUAAAAACGCAUUAUAUUACGUAAUUGUCCAUAAACAGGCUAUUAUUAAACAAAUUAUUCAACAAUUGCUUAAAAUCCAAGAGUAUUAAAUAAAUAAAAAAAAGAAAAAAUGCAAAAUUUACUUACAACCCGCAUUGAUGUUGACAAACCUUUAUAUGAUUUAUCAACAUUUGCCGGCCGUUUCAGGCAUUUUGCCUGGAUGACCGAUCCCCGCACAGUCAUUCUGCCUAGCGAUAAACUAUUGCAGGCCAAGCAGUUUAUAGAAUCCUAUCGCAAGGGCCAAGAGCCGGCUGGCACCACUUCGGAUAAAGUUAAAUAUGCAAUGAAAUUGUAUAAUUCUGCCUUUCACCCGGACACCGGAGAGCUGCAAAACUUUUGCGGACGCAUGAGUUUUCAAGUACCCGGUGGCAUGUUGAUUACGGGUGGUAUGUUGGCAUUCUAUCGCACAGUGCCAGCUGUUGUUUUAUGGCAAUUUAUCAAUCAAUCGUUUAAUGCUGUUGUCAAUUAUACAAAUCGCAAUGCUAAUUCACCAACGUCCGUAACACAGUUGGGAGUGGCCUAUGUCUCGGCCACCACAUCGGCCCUAGUAGCGGCCAUAGGCUGUAAAAACUAUUGGAGCAAGAGAGCCUCUCCAAUAUUUCAGAGAUUUGUGCCUUUUGCUGCUGUGGCUGCUGCCAAUUGUGUUAAUAUACCUUUAAUGCGUCAAAAUGAAAUUAUCAAUGGCAUCGAUGUUAAAGAUGAAAACGGCAAUGCUGUGGGCAAGAGCCGUGUGGCCGCCGUUAAGGGCAUUAGUCAAGUGGUAUUUUCUCGUAUUGUUAUGGCUGCCCCGGGUAUGUUAGUUUUACCCUUUAUUAUGGAACGUGUGGAGAAAUUACCUAUUUAUAGAAGAGUGAAAUGGUUCAAUGCUCCCUUCCAAACAGCUUUAGUGGGAUGUUUCUUACUCUUUAUGGUGCCUACAGCGUGUGCAUUAUUCCCCCAGACAUGUUCUUUAAGCACCUCCACCAUCCAGCGUUUCGAACCUGAACUCUACGAAGAAAUGAAACAGGCCACUAAUGGUAAAGUACCCCAAAAGGUAUACUUCAACAAGGGUUUGUAAGGAAUCCCCAGAAACUUUGAAAAAAAUCCUAACAACAAAGACAAUACUAAAUAGCCCACAAAGAAAGGCUAAUAAGGAUUUACAGAAAAGCAUUUACUUUGAAAAUGUUCCAAGAUUUUAAGUAGACUUUUAGUUUUAUAAAGGCUUAAAUGGUUAAACUGUGUGUUUUUUUUAUUUUUUCAUUUGUGUGACACAGUAUUCUUUAUGUAUUUUUUCUCAAAAUUUUUAUUUUUUUUUGCACAAAUUGGCAAUUUGGUUUUAUUAAACUAGUGUUAAAAAAAGUGUUCAAUGUCUUUAGGUUUUUGUAUUAUUAAUGAAUAAAGUUUGAUUGCUAUGAA